GGCGGACUCACUGCGCGUGCCGGGCGGGGGAGCGGCGCGAGCCAGGCGCUGAGGACGUUCCCCGCGGGGGCGGCUCCGGGGCCUGAGCAGGCGCUGCCGCCGCCUCAGCCGAGGGGGCCGGGCCGGAGGAGGCGGAGGAGUCUGCGGCCGCCGAGACCUUCCCGACGCCCCCAGCUCCGGCCGGGAAGUGAGCAAGGAUGAUCGAGGAAAGUGGGAAUAAGCGGAAGACCAUGGCAGAGAAGAGGCAGCUGUUCAUAGAAAUGCGUGCUCAGAAUUUUGAUGUCAUACGACUAUCAACUUACAGAACAGCAUGCAAAUUACGAUUUGUACAAAAACGAUGCAACCUUCAUCUUGUUGAUAUCUGGAACAUGAUUGAAGCCUUCCGAGACAAUGGCCUUAACACACUGGACCACACCACCGAGAUCAGUGUGUCCCGCCUCGAAACUGUCAUCUCCUCCAUCUACUAUCAGUUGAACAAGCGCCUUCCUUCUACUCACCAGAUCAGUGUGGAACAGUCUAUCAGCCUCCUCCUCAACUUCAUGAUUGCUGCGUAUGACAGUGAGGGCCGAGGCAAGUUGACGGUAUUUUCAGUUAAAGCUAUGUUAGCAACCAUGUGUGGUGGAAAAAUGCUGGACAAAUUGAGAUAUGUUUUCUCCCAGAUGUCAGAUUCCAAUGGCUUAAUGAUAUUUAGCAAGUUUGACCAGUUUCUGAAGGAAGUUCUGAAGCUCCCAACAGCUGUCUUUGAAGGGCCAUCUUUUGGUUACACAGAGCACUCAGUCCGCACCUGUUUUCCACAGCAGAAAAAGGUAAUGCUAAAUAUGUUUUUAGACACGAUGAUGGCCGAUCCUCCUCCCCAGUGCCUUGUCUGGCUACCUCUCAUGCACAGGCUUGCCCAUGUUGAGAAUGUCUUCCAUCCCGUGGAGUGCUCCUAUUGCCGGUGUGAGAGUAUGAUGGGCUUCCGGUACCGAUGCCAGCAGUGCCACAACUAUCAGCUCUGCCAGAAUUGCUUUUGGCGUGGCCAUGCCAGUGGCCCUCACAGCAACCAACACCAGAUGAAGGAGCAUUCCUCUUGGAAAUCCCCUGCAAAGAAGCUGAGCCAUGCAAUUAGUAAAUCUUUGGGGUGUGUACCCACCAGAGAACCCCCACAUCCUGUUUUUCCUGAGCAACCAGAGAAACCACUUGACCUUGCACAUAUAGUUCCUCCUCGCCCUCUGACUAAUAUGAAUGAUACCACAGUUAGCCACAUGUCCUCUGGAGUGCCAACUCCCACCAAGAGGUUACAGUAUGGCCGGGAGGCACCCAGUCACCUGGCCGAUGAGCAUGCGCUGAUAGCCUCCUAUGUGGCCCGUCUGCAGCGCUCUGCACGUGUCCUGGACAGUCCUAGCCGACUGGAUGAAGAACACCGGCUUAUAGCUCGCUAUGCUGCCCGGCUGGCUGCAGAGGCAGGAAACAUGGCUCGUCCUCCCACUGACUUGAGCUUUAACUUUGAUGCCAACAAACAACAAAGACAGCUUAUUGCAGAGCUGGAAAACAAAAACAGGGAGAUCCUGCAGGAGAUUCAGCGUCUCCGUCUGGAACACGAGCAGGCUUCCCAGCCCACUCCUGAGAAAGCCCAGCAGAACCCCACCCUACUGGCAGAGCUGCGGCUGCUGAGGCAAAGGAAAGAUGAACUGGAGCAGAGGAUGUCGGCACUGCAGGAGAGCCGGCGGGAACUGAUGGUCCAACUGGAAGGGCUGAUGAAGUUGCUCAAGGAGGAAGAGCAAAAGCAGGCAGCCCAGGCCACAGGGUCGCCACACACGUCGCCCACUCAUGGCAGUGGCCGGCCGAUGCCCAUGCCAGUCCGCUCCACGUCUGCUGGCUCCACGCCCACCCACUGUCCACAGGACUCGCUGAGCGGGGUAGGGGGUGACAUGCAGGAGGCCUUUGCCCAAGGUGCGAGGAGAAACCUCCGCAAUGACCUGCUGGUGGCUGCUGACUCCAUCACCAACACCAUGUCAUCCCUGGUGAAGGAGCUCCAUUCAGGUGAAGCCAGAGCUCCCACCCAGCUCAUAUGCUCCCCUCCAUACCCACGCCCCCUCACCCCCUCACCAGCACGGGUAGAAGCUCGCCCCCAGCCCACCACUCAGUUCAUUUUUGCCUUCUAGGAACACUGGAUUCUUCUCCCAGAGAGGCUCUGUCCCACGUGUGACCUCAUAGAGACAAUUACACAUUUAGGUUUACCUGAAGACUACGUCUUGUGAAGCAAACACAGUUCUGAAUUUGAAGAAAUUCCAGUCUCUGAGUACAGUUAGGCCCUUCCUCACCUGUCUUCCAUCCGUGCCUCGUCCACAGCUGCUCUUUCCCUAGGCCUGACCAACCAUCUCAUUCUGAUGCUUUCCUGGAUGUGGAACCGAAUCAGCCACAAAAGCUUCUGGACUUUCUCCCAGCUGCCUUUCUGCUCUCUCCUGUUUGAUUUGGUUUUGAAACCCUAUUCCCUCCUUUUGUCCAUGACUAGGCUCUGAUUGCACUUGAAGUUCAUGACCUGAGUCUGUUGCUGCCUUCGCUGCUCAUGUUCUGUCUUAUCUACAACUUCUUUCUCAGUCUCUCCAUCGCUGAACUACUCCAGUGACUUCCCAGAGACCUCUACCUCAUGGCAUCGUCUCCUUACAUAAAACCCAGGGAAAAGAGAUAAAAUAAAAGGCCAUUCACAUAUCAUCAUAUCUCCAAGAAUCCCCAAGACUGUUACAUAGCUGCCUGGUAUUUACUAAUUGUUUUACAGUAGUGGGAUUUCCAUGUUAUAUAUUAAAUAAAUGGGUUUCCUUCCUAAGUGCUGUAGGUCAGUCAUACCGAUGGCUCUCUUCUGUUUCUUUUCACUUAAUGUAGUGC